UGAGCCCUGGCGGACAGAGGGGGACAGGAGAUGGUCAGGGCAGCAGGGCACAGCCACACAGAAUCUAGACUUGGAGGACUGGGUCUACACAGAGCUAAGGUCUUGAGGCAAGGAGUGAAGAUGCCUGGGACUUCUCGGCUGGCUCCCCUCUAAGCCAUCUCAAGCAGCUCUCAACCCCCCUCCCCGCAGGCCUUCCAUCAACAGUCAGCCCUGCUUCAGCUUCUUGGGCUGAAUCACUUCUUCAUGCCCCAGCCAGGCCCUGUCUCCCUCCAUUUCCUCUCUGGCCAUCAUGUGACACUCCUUUCCUCUACCCGUGGCUCCUGCUUCUCACAGGUUUGCAGUGAAGGGGUUGUCCCGAGGUGCAGAAAUCCACUCCGCUUUGCCAGGUGGAGGCGACAGCACCGCCCCUUCCCAGCUGCCCACCUCCCUGUGGUCUGGCUCCUGUGGGACAUGAGAGAAGGGAGCCCUACCCUGGACCCAGCCUCUGUCAGCCCGCCCUAGAAGGAGAGAGAAACAAGCAUGAAGCCGUUUGCCUCUUAGAAAUACACACCAGGGCUGCUGGAGGGCAGGGCCCGCGCCUUUUUCUUUUAUGAUCUUGCCAGCACAGUGCGGGGGAUAAAAGAGUGCUAUAUAUCAAUAAUCAAAAGAAUAAUAAACAAGCAAUCCCAUGGGCCAAGACUGUGGGGUGGGGAGGCAGCUCUACAGGAGACUUGAUCCACCAAGCCCACACCCUGAUAAGGUCUGCAGUGGCAAUUAAGUCACUUCUUCCGCCAGUACAGCUGGAGUGGUGUGAAGCGGGAAGCCCACCCCAGUUGGCCAGGAAGUGAGCCGGGCUGGGAGGUUGCAAGGCAGAGCACACUGCUUAGCCCUGUUCUUUGGUACACCACUCGAGUUUGCACUCAUGGAAUUAUCCAGGGGGAAAGUUCAGUGGUCAGUGACCUGGGGGAUAAGAAGGGAGUGGCUGGGGUUAAGAUGCCAGGCCUUGGCCAAGUGGUAUGAAGUAAAGGGUGUACAGAACCAGGAAGUGUUACUCAGCCCUGAUCCCCCUGCUUCUUGGAAUAGUGCCAGCCUUGCUGCUUCCAGCCACAGCAGCUUCCAGGAGAGUUGUCCUCCCAGCCAGGCCCACCCACCUAAGGCUGGCCCAGGGUACUGCUGACAAUUCAGGGCAGCCCUAUGUGGCCUUUCCACAGAGGAGGGACCGCGAAUAAGGCCCAAGAGGCCUGAGGGGAAGGCCUGGAGCAUGGUGGGAGAGGAGGCCGCAGGACCCUGGCCCUCAACUGCUCUCUCUGGCCCUGAGGCUACUGGAGGAAAUCGAGGAAGAUGAGGAACCACCAGACUGGGCGUUAGGCCCAGGAGAGGGCAGUUCUCCCUCCCCAAGGUAAUGCUGCACUGCUGAGAAAACUUAAGAGUCACCCUGGCAUGCCCUGAGCCCAGCCCUGGGAGGAGCCAGCCCUUUAUAGACAUGGGGCUGCUUCCCGUUAACACACCCUCUGCCCCACCCCCACCCCCCCAUACCUACAGGCUUGGCUAAUGAGGGCCUGUCACCAGGCCGCAGGACUGAGUCACCCACACCAGUGACAGGUCUCUCUUCCUUCCCCAACAACUGUUCCACAUGCCUGCCUUUCAAUUAACUCCCACCCUCCCUGAGCUCCUCCCUCCCAGACACACGAAGGGGCAGCUGGGGAGCAGGCCCACCAGCUAGGGCCCAGGGCACUGGGGCUGUGGGGCAAAAGGAGGCAACGUGGUGACACACAAAGCAGGGCUGCCCCCCAAAAGUCCCCAGGGGAAUCCUAAGCUUCCCUGUGCCUUGGGGUGUUGGCCACGGCUGGCCCAAUCCCUGCAUGCGGAUGCCGCAAUUACCUAAGAGAAUGAAACCCAGCUUCCCACCUGACUGAGUCACCUGAAAACAAUAACACGUUCCCCACUGCCACACACCGGCACAAACAGCCAAGCUACUAAUCGGAGCCCGGGAGCCGCCGUGGAGAGGCCGGGCCCUGUGCUGCUCUAGAGCCAGGCACAGGGGCCAGGGAGGGAAGGUGAACUCAGGACCACCAGGAGCCAGGCGCUGGGGAAGCAGCACAGGCCACUCUCGCACCACAGAGAUCCAUCUCUGACACCACAGGCGCUGCCCUCACUCCGGCUCCAGUAAGUGCUGCUUCUUCCUCUUGGGUUUUUUUUUUUUUUUUUUUUUCCAUUACCCUAUCAAGUAACCAGGCCACUCCUGUCCCUCUGGGAAACUCCUGUCACCGGGAACUCCCGCUUCUCUGCUCUCCUGGACAAAAGUGCCCUCUUCCCAGGACCCCUUCCCACCAUCCAAGAUGCUUCUAGACCACUAGGGCUGUCUCCCUGAUUCUUGCCAUUCACUGCUCCAGUGGGGACCUAAUGCUCCCUGGCAACUCUUGAACUGGGCUGCUGAGGUACGGAGCUUGUCUGCUGGCUCCCCUGGGUGCCAUGGAGACCUGGCGGAAAGGCUCCUUCCGCAAUGCCUCCUUCUUCAAGCGGCUGAGCCUGGGGCGGCCGAGACGACUCCAGCGACAGGGUAGCGUGCUCAGCCAGGCCAGCACGGCUGGCGGGGAUCACGAGGAGUACAGCAACCGAGAGGUCAUCCGGGAGCUUCGAGGGAGGCCAGACGGACGGCGCCUGCCUCUGUGGGGGGACGAGCAGCCCCGGGCCACCCUGCUGGCCCCACCCAAGCCUCCUCGCCUGUACCGAGAGAGCUCCAGCUGCCCCAACAUCCUGGAGCCCCCACCUGCCUACACUGCUGCCUACACGGCUACCCUACCCUCGGCGCUCUCCCUGGCGGGCACCCUCCACCACUACUCUGAAGAGGACCUUUUGGACACUCCCCCCUUCCAGAAGACACCUGCCCCAGACCUGAGUGAUCCCUUCUUCUCCUUCAAAGUGGACCUGGGGAUUUCACUUCUUGAGGAAGUUCUACAGAUGCUGAGGGAGCAAUUUCCCAAUGAACUUAGCUUCUGAAUGGAGUGCAUGGAAGGCAGAGGUGGGGUAACUGGAAGAGCUGGAAGCCUGGAGGCCCAGGGAAGGAGGAUACAGUUGCAGAUUAAGAAAAAGGUAGGGACAGAAAUCCAGGAUCCUGCCUUCCUUCCAGGUCCUGAACAGUCUUCCAGGUUAUCCUGGAGCAGAGGGACAGAGGGACAGAGGCAAGCCGGAGGAAAUGUCUUGAGGGGGUACUUGCUGGCAGGAGCCCUGAAGGCAGCUGGCUAAGCUGGGGAAGGGAGGCCAUGCCUGUAACCACGGGGACAAGGCAGAGGCCAGCAGAGGGGGAGGGGAGCACCAGGGGUGAGUCAGGGAGUGGAGGACUCACACUGAGCAGAUCAGAUGGGUGCCCUGCAGCAGCUCCUCUGAAGCCACUGUUUAUAGAGAGACGUUACAGGGCAGGUCUAGGCAAAAGUGGUCUGACCCAGGCCAAAGAGGAAAGUGGGGAGACCUGAGGGAAGAGCCACUAAGGACAUGUGGUUGUUCAGAUUGAAAUGAAGUAAAAUUAAAAAUUUAGGGGCGCCUGGGUGGCUCGGUCAGUUAAGCAUCCGACUUCGGCUCGGGUCAUGAUCUCACGGUCCGUGAGUUCGAGCCCCACAUCGGGCUCUGUGCUGACCACUCAGAGCCUGGAGCCUGUUUCCGAUUCUGUGUCUCCCUCUCUCUCUGCCCCUCCCCUGUUCAUGCUCUGUCUCUCUCUGUCUCAAAAAUAAAUAAAUGUUAAAAUUAAAAAAAAAAAAAAUUAGUUCCCUGGUUACACUGGCCACAUUUCAAAUAUCCAGCAGCCACAUGUGAUUAACGGCUACCACAUUGGACAGCGCCAGUUGCAUGUAAACAUCACUGGAGGAAGUCCUGUUGGACAGCACUGGCAGAGACCAGGGCCCGGAGCCACCAGUGCCAUGGUGGGGGUCGGGGGGAAACAUCUGGGGGAGGGAAGGGCUGGCAGAGUAGGAAGAGUGAGGCAUAUAGAGGUGCAGAGUAGACUCAGGAAAAAGGCCACACAAAUAAUUUCCAGAAAAGAGACACAAGAGACACACUGCCAACAGAGCUGCCCAGAGCAUGCCCUGGUGCCCGAAGAAGGUGUCUGUAGGGAAUGCCAGCCAAAGGCACAGACACGGCUUGCAAACGGGUGCUCGGAGAGUUCCCAGAAUUACUAGUGAUGGGAGCCCUUGGGAAAUGUAGCAGAAAGAGUGGCAGAUUUCCCUCCUUCUUGCCCUGGGAGCACCAGACUGGAUCAGAGGAUGGACACGAAACUCGUAGCUGUUACCAUAAAGAGGCUCAGCUGGUCUCCAGAACUGUCCAUAGGAUUGGGGAGCUCUGCCUUGCCCAAACCCCCCGAUGAUGGGGACUGCUGUGCAGGGCUGAGCCCCAUCGGUCAAAGCCAUAGGCUCUGCUACUGCCCUGCCCUGUGGCCUGGCCAGAAGACUUGAAACCAGAGCUCAAAUUGGCUGGGCCAUGUCGUUUUGACACUCCAGGCCUUAUCAUGCGUGGCAGAGGGGGAGAGGAAGCUUCAACGCACACUGCUUCCAUACCCAAACCUGUGGCCCCUCUCUCCCCUCCUGUGUGUGGAUGCGCUGAGCUGAAAGGCUCCCCUCCGGACGCAAGAUAUAUGAAUAAAGUUCUUUACAACAUG